AUGGGUUCUGAGAAAGAAAAAGUUUGUUGGGAUCUUAAAGCAACUGAAUGCUUUAUCAUAGCAUGCUUGGAACAAGUGACUAACGGCGAAUGGUUGGGUACUAGUUUUACUAAGAAAGGAUGGUUUGGAAUUGCAAACAAAUUUAAGGAGUUAACAAGAAAGGUUUAUGAAAAAACAAAGUUUAAAAAUAGGUUUGAUAAUUUAAGAAGGGAAUGGAGGAUAUGGUAUAAAUUAUUUGGUAAAGAAACUGGGCUUGGAUGGGACAAUGUGAAGAAUACUGUUGAUGCAAAUGAUGAGUGGUGGGAGAGAAAGCAAUUGGAAAGUCCUCUAUACAUAAAGUUUAGAAACAAGGGACUUAUGUUUGCUCACAAUUUAACUGUACUUUUUAAGGAUGUAGUUGCUAAUGGAGAGUACGAAUGGAGUCCCUCAUCUAGAGUGUUGCCUCUUAAUCUUGGGGUUGAUAUGAAUGAUGUGUAUCGUCCAAGUCUAGAGGGAAUAUUUUUAGAUGUAAAGGAAGGCUCGGGUGAUAGUGAAGAUGCAAGUGUUGGUGCUACAAAUGCUUUAGGGGGGAUUAAUUUAAACGAUUCACAAAAAACAAUUAGCCAAGGGAUUGGUAGCCAAAAGAGUGGAGAAAAGAGAAAAAGAAGCAAUCAUAUUGAAAAGUUUAGUAAGAAGAAGACAACUACUUCUGUAAGAAUAGCCGAUGUAGUUAGUGUGCUAGUGGACACAUGUAUGUCACGUAAUGAAGUUAUAGCAACUACAUCAAUUCAGGAAGUGGUGAAUGAGCUUAAGACACUACCUGAAUUAGAAAAUGAUGAUGUCUUUCAUACACAAUGUUGCAACUUGAUGUUGUUCAAACCGGCAAGAGGAAUGUUUGUUGCUUUACGGGGGUUAGAUGAGAAAAGGAUGCAUUGGCUUAGGGAUGCAGUGAAAAAUCCUUUACUAUUUAAGGGAAAUAACUAG